AUGUCUACACUCUACUUCAAGGCUUCCCUUGACAACACCUCCCAGCCUGUUGGCCAGUCGCUCGUCUUUUCUCCACUCCGUCAGCUGGCUCUGAAGGACCGUCGUGACCUCGGCAUGGGUCCCACAUUCAAACUUAUGGUUGGCGAGAAGAUGGUCGGCAAGGAGAUCCCCAAGCGCGCGGCCAUGGCCAUGUCGAAGUUUUUCAACGACGCCCUUUCCAAGUACCCGCGCUCGACCACUAUCAUGCUGGGCCCGCACGAUGUCUCCGAGGACUGUGUUCUGGUAAUCGUGGACUUCAUUACUAGUAAUGUGAAGGUUAACAACCCGUUCAACCUUCGUACCAAGGAGCACUUCGGUCGCGAGCUCGCGCUCUACCGCCACGCCGGCCUUUUCGGCAUGAUGCACCAUGCCGGGAGCAUGCGCGCUUCCUUGUUGGAGGACCUAAACCAUAACAUCCAUAUCCCCUCGUACAACGCUCUCAAUGAGAUUUCCGAGCUCCCGGACACCGAUAUUGUCUAUAAGAUGGCUGUCCGCCGAAUGGAGGGCCUCGAGCAUAUCGGCGAGCUCACUGGUGAUCAGGAGUGGCUGGCUUGGCUCAACGAGCACGACCACUUCGCGAUUGACAUGGACGCUUGGAAGGCGGAGCGCAAGGCGCGCGACGCGGAGAAGCGGGAAGUCCAGCGCGAGAUUAACUUCGAGCGCAACUUCCCCGCUUUGAAGUAG